AUGCUACGCCUGCGUUGCACCUUGGGGGCCUCCUUUGUGGCGCUCCAGCGCGAGGCCCUCGUGCGCCGCCAUGGCCGAUGCUCGAUGCGGCCGGUGGGGUACGCCCUUCUCGUCCCCAACCGCAUGCUUCACCAGGCUGCGCCGCUUCUCUCCGCGUUAGCGACCCAGCGCCGGUGGGUGCGUACCCGCGGGGAUCGCUCCGGUGAAGAGAGCAGCGCUGAUGGCAGCAAGCAGGAGGGUGCGGAGCACGCAAAGGCCAAAGGCGCUCAAGGUGAAGGGGGCGAGAAGACAGGGAAAAAGACCACUGGAUUUCGGGCUCAUUUGGAGGGGCUAAGGGAGGACUACGUGCGGUUUCCCGACAUUUACAAUAGUGCCAAUGCUCUGAACUUCAUCCUCUUCACAGUUUUCUGUCUUUGUAGCACCGGCAGUAACGUGGAGGAAAAGUGGUGGCUGGAUAAUUGGGGCGUUGAUGCCCGGUUCGCGCCGCUUGCAUGGGGGCUGCACUCUCUCCUAAUGAACAACUUUCUCUCCAUGACAUUCGCCAUGAUGCUUUUACACACCAUGUGCCACAGCGUGCUACCAACGUUAGGCUCACGUGGCCUCACGAUGUACUGCGCCAUAACGGCUGUGGCAUCUGGUUUUCUCAUGUGGGCGUAUAAUUACAUGAUGAGCAACACAACAGAAAAGCAAUUUGGGCCGUGGGACAUUGUGGCGGCGUUGUUUGUGAUGCAGUACCUGCACCAGGGAUUCUCGCCGGUGUGCAUUCUCAACAGCUUCAACGGAUGGGUGCGCUACGCCUGCUGGGUGGGGGCUGUAUGCAUUCUAUACUUUGACUGGCAGCCCACCGUGGCGGGCACGAUUGUGGGCCUGGCACUCUGCAAAGGGCAUCCCAAGUUCCGCGUGACCGGUCCUGUUAGCUGA